GGCUGAGCAUGGUUUCUCCGGUCACACUACGUCAGCACUGUCCAAGAUGGCGAUGUCCAUAGAGCGGCGACAGCAGCGUUCAGUGACCGGGCUGUGCUCGGUGCUGCUUCUAUUCUGGAGCCUGAGCUGUGCCGGGGCGGAGGAGGACAAGCCGCCUCACCGCAGGUUCGAGUACAAGUACAGCUUCAAGGGGCCCUACCUGGUGCAGUCUGACGGCUCCGUCCCCUUCUGGACUCACAGUGGAAAUGCCAUUCCCAGCGCUGAUCAGAUCAGAAUUACUCCAUCCCUAAAGAGCCAGAAAGGAUCGGUCUGGACGAAAACCGUGUCAAGUUUUGAGAACUGGGAGGUGGAAGUGACCUUCCGGGUAACGGGACGUGGAAGAAUAGGCGCUGAUGGGCUGGCUAUAUGGUACACAGCGGAGCAGGGUCUGGAUGGCGAAGUUUACGGGGCUGCUGACUCGUGGAACGGUGUGGGGAUUUUCUUUGAUUCCUUUGACAAUGAUGCAAAGAAAAACAAUCCGAUGAUUUUGGUUGUGGGAAAUAAUGGAAAGCUCCAGUAUGACCAUCACAAUGAUGGAGCUUCUCAAGCACUGUCCUCUUGUCAGAGAGAUUUCAGAAACAAACCUUAUCCAGUUCGAGCAAAGAUCAUCUACUACAAGAAGACUUUAACAGUAAUGAUUAACAACGGCUUUACACCCGACAAGGACGACUAUGAGUUCUGUGCCAAAGUGGACAAUAUGGUUUUGCCCCAGCAAGGCUUCUUUGGGAUAUCUGCAGCUACUGGAGGCCUAGCAGAUGAUCACGAUGCGUUGUCUUUUCUAACUUUCCAGUUAACGGAACCUAGCAAAGAUGCACUUCCAGCUGAUGGGGAUAUCACAAAGGCAGAAAAGGACAAGUAUCAAGAGGAGUUUGACAACUUCCAGCAAGAACUUGAUAAGAGGAAAGAUGAGUACCAGAAAGAUCACCCAGAGCUCCAGGAGCAUCCAGUGGAUGAUAUGUUUGAGUCGGUCAAUGAACGAGAACUCAGGCAGAUCUUUGAAGGCCAGAACCGUAUUCACCUUGAGAUUAAGCAGCUGAACCGGCAGCUGGACAUGAUCCUGGAUGAGCAGCGGAGAUAUGUGAAUGCAGUGAGCGAAACCAUGACUAAGACAGGAGGAGGAAACGAGGCACAACAGGCCUCCCAGCAGGAACUGGAUACUCUGCUCAAUGGACAGAGGGAGGUAUUAAAGCAUGUCAAUGACAUGAGAAAUUCUGUGGGCGAAACAUUAAAACUGGUGUCUGGAAACCAGAAUUUAGGUGCUGGAGGCUAUGAGACCACCCAACACUUCAAUGACCUCAAGGAGCACCUCCAUGUGGUGAAGAGGGACAUCGAACAUCUAGUGCAAAAAAACUUGCCACAUGAAAAACAGAGGUGUCCAGAAAUUCCUGUCCCUUCUUGUCUUUCCACGACACACUUCUUUAUGUUUGUAGCAGUUCAAAGUGUGUUAUUAAUUGGUUACUUUAUGUACAGAAAUCAGCAAGAAGCAGCAGCUAAAAAGUUCUUUUGAUGAGCCAUUGUACGUCAUGUCUACCUGCACCACAGUACACCCGGUGUAGGCCUGUAUGUGAGGGACUGCUCGACUAGUUUAAAUUAUUGAAUUUUUGAAAAAAGAAAAAUGCGGCAAAGAGUUUCUGGUUUAUUAAAAGAUUGAAAUGUGAAUACAAAAAAGGGAUCUUGAGGGGAAAAAAUAUUUUUAUCUAUUUUUUAAA